AUGGGCUACUACUUCUGCACAGACUGCCAUCACAGCGAUAUUCGCGUGAUACCUGCAAGGGUUGUGCAGCGCUGGGACUUCGAACCCAAGAAGGUGUGCAGAGCUGCUGCCAAGUACUUGGACCUGCAAGUCAACCAGCCUUUGGUCCCCAUCACAAGCAUCCGGCAGACCAAGGUGUCUUCCCAGAAGAUCCUGACUGAGAUCCACAAAUGCCGUCAGCAGCUCACCAGAAUCAAAGACAUUGUGGCAGAGCAGGGCUGCGAGUUUGGGGUUCAGAUGCAGAGCCUCCUGGCCCAGCUUGACGCCCACGUCGCCCGUGGGCAUGAGCACUAUGCCAUGCAGGAUCUCAUCCGGAUCCACCUGGAGGGCUGGAGCUGCCCGCUCUACUCGAAAGUCUCGCGCGGGGAGCCCGGGUCAAGGGAUUCGUCGCACGAUCACUGUUAG